AUGGAGGAAGCGCAUGUUGUGUGUGAUCAUUUUAAGGAAGGAGAACAGUUGUCUGUUGGAUCUCAGGAACCUUUAGCAAGGAUUCGUAUUCUAGCUCUUUGGAUACACCGAAGUCCGCAACAAAGGCAGAAAUGGAAAGAGGUCUGCAAUAUUAUCAAUCUCUCAAGCAAAUGCAUCAAAUAUGAUAUUGAUACAAGGUGGAAUUCCACUUUCCGAAUGUUAGACGAUGCCUUGAAGGCAAGAUACCAGAUCGAUAAAUUUCUGCAGCUCCAGAUAGAUUUUCCUCACUUUACUACAAUGGAUUGGUCUUUGCUCUCGCAGAUUCACAAUAUCCUUUCAAAAUUCAACAAGUUGACUCUGUUCGUGUCGAAAAAGAAACCUCAAAUUAGUCUUGCCAUCCCAAUCUACUACGAACUUCAUGAUUUACUCGAUGAGGCAUCCGAGCACAAGAAGAGGUUCCUAGAUCUUGACGAAGAUAUAUCCUUGGCUGUAAAGAAAGAUGCUUCUGAUACAUACUACACUGCCCUCAUCUUGGAUCCUCGGAUCAAAGGUGAUCUCCUUCUCGACAAGCUGGAAGAUAAGACUACUGGGAGGGAGAUCCUUCAAGCUCUCCGUGACAACCUCCACCGUGAUUACUCAGUCGCCACUAUGGAAUCAAGCUCACCUACAAGACAAUUCCUACUGGAGCACAAUACCGAGCAUAGUGAUGUAGAGUCCCGGUUGCUAAAGAGAUUACAGCCACGAAAUCAACCUCUGCUUUCUGAUAUUGAUUGUUAUCUCAACAGCCCCCGGGUUAAUAUAAAUGACAUAAAGGAUCCAAAUUGGUUGUAUAAUUGGUGGCGGAUAAACAAGGGUGUUGGUUUAUAG